AUGGCGCAGCCUUUGCUCCGGAAAACUUUCCUCCGGCUGAGGGGCAAGGAGCGCCCGCGGGGACGGAAGGCGGCGCCCGCCGCGCCCCAGGACCAACCAGAUCCUUCAUUGGAGCUGCCGGAGGAUUCACAUCGACCUUCUGAACCUAAGUCGGUGGAUACUGUUCUGUUGGUUGAUGGAGGCCAGAAAAGUGUUGCCAUCACUGUGUCACGGAGACAGAAUUGGGCCAAGUUCACCUGGAGCUGUCAAGAGGACUCUCAUAAGAGAAGGCCACGCCGGAGCCUUUCCCCGGAGCCACCCGCCCCGGAAGACAUUGGCUCCGUGGCAGCCGGACCUAGUAAAGAUGCUGACUUGCUAGCCACCUCCCCGGAGACAGGUAACCCCGGCCUCAACACCAAAUAUAGCAACCAAGGUGCUUAUCUGCAGAGCCUGGAAAAAAGUAGCCGCCGGUGGGUGCUCUCCACAGGGAAGACUCAAGGCGUAGAAGACGAAGCUCCCACUUCCGCCACUGCGAUGGAAGGGCUCCACAGGCCUGGCAACUCCCAGGGAGAAAUCUGGUACAACCCAAUUCCAGAGGACGAGGACCUCCCCUCCCUUGGAAGGAAGGGUGGUGGUGGUGGUGAGAAUGGGGACAAGAAGAGGAACCCAGCGGAAGUUAAAGUCCCACAUGAACGUACAGAUAUUGGCAGUGUAGAUAUGAAGGCAGCCAAUAAUGUGCAGAUUUCUCCAACCCAACGGAAGGGCGUUAAAGAAGUGGAGGUGCUGGGCAGCCACCAGUCUGAGACUUGCGGAAAGGUACCUGCUGCAACUGUGGAUCCUGAAGAAAGUCCUGCCGGGGCCACCCUGGCGGCCCAGAACACCAGCGCCAGUCGGAAGAGCCAUUCCUUCAGCAAGACCAAGUCCCCAGGCCCAGUGCGAAGCCUCUCCAUCAAAAUGAAGAAGCUGCCAGAGCUGAGGCGGAAACUGAGCCUGCGCAGCUCCCGUCCCCGAGGGCCAGAAAGGGCUUCCUCUGCUAAGGAGUCGGGGAAUGUCAUCAGCCGCUACCAUCUGGACAGUAGUGUGGGAGCUCCGCGACCUGUCACCCGAGACAAGGCGGCCAGCCCUGGGGGGUAUUUGAGUGACAGUGACUCCCCAGAAUCUCCGGCCAAGGCAAAGGCAGGCCUUGGCCUCGAAGGGUCACCAUUCUGGCCGUACAGUUUUGCUGAGCAGCCCAGCAGUCCGGAGCAUUUCUCUGGCCUUGUCAGCAUCCACCUGCUGGGGAUCCAGGGCUUCAAGCCUCCCAGAGCUGAAGCCAGAGAGCUCUUCUGCAUUCUGCAAGUGGAUUCCGUCAACAGGGCUCGCACAGCCCUCCUGCCUUGCCAGGCUGCUGUCCUCCCCCUCAACCAUUCUUUCCAGCUGGAGCUGGAGGACGCCCAGCUUCUCAAGAUGGUGGUCUUCUCCUGUGAUCCUGCGGUGGGCAAGAACCGAGUUUGCUGCCAUGGCACCAUCAUUCUGCCCCAGGUUUUUCAAGGUGGUAGGACCCAGCAGUUAGCCCUGCAACUGGAGCCUCAGGGGCUUCUUUACAUCAAACUCACUCUGGUGGGUCAGUGGGAUCCAACUAAUUCUGAACAGGAGCCACAAGUCUUUGGAGUGAAGCUGAACCAGCUGGUGAAAAAAGAAGGCGCUGCCAUCAAGGUGCCACUCCUAAUCCAGAAAUGUGUCACCCAGAUUGAGAAACGAGGAUUGAAGGUGGUGGGCCUGUAUCGCUUGUGUGGCUCAGCAGCAGUGAAGAAGGAGUUGCGUGAUGCCUUUGAGAGAGAUAGCGCUGCUGUUGUUCUUUCUGAAGAUCUUUAUCCAGACAUCAAUGUGAUUACAGGGAUCUUGAAGGACUAUUUGCGUGAGUUACCCACUCCUCUUAUCACCGACCUCCUCUAUCAGGUGGUGCUGGAGGCCAUGUCCAAUAGGACGGUGGGGCUGGAAGUGAAGGAGCCAACAACAGCUCUCCUGAACUGCCUGCCAGAGGCUGAGAAGGCCACUUUGACAAUGCUGCUUGAUCACCUUAGUUUGGUUGCUGCUUUCCAUACCUUCAACCGCAUGAAUGCCCAGAACCUGGCUGUGUGCUUUGGGCCUGUGCUCCUGAGCCAAGGGGCGGGUGGGACCGUAGCCUCCAGAUCUGGCCAACAGCAUUGCACUAUUGCCAGCACCAGAGAUUUUAAACAUCAUCUUGAAGUGUUAAACUACCUGUUGCAGACCUGGCCAGUGCCACGUAGGAAGACGGAAGACGGGGAACGUACCUUUCCAACCAAGCAGGCCUGUCGUCAGUGCCACCCUCCCCUGGAUCUGCCACUGGCAAAGACCACCGUCACUACUCGAAGUCACCCAAGAGGAUUGGAAAGUCCUCCAAGAAACCGUUAUGCUGGAGACUGGAGUGUGUGUGGACAGCAGUUCCUGAGAGCCUCCCAGCCAGGCAGCGAGGCCGACUACGAUGAGGUGGCAGGGAGUGAGAGUGACAGGGAAGAGGAGAACGAGGAGGGGGCUUUGAGGACCGUCUACAUGGGCGAUUUUGCCCUGGUGGAGGAUGCAGAGACUCCCUUUAGCCCGAGGCUCAAUUUGAAAGACUUUGAUGCUCUCAUCUUGGACCUUGAGUGAGAACUCGCCAAUCAAAUCAAUGUCUGCCUAUGAAUCUCCUCUCAGGACUUCACAGCACUGCCAGCUGAAGUUGCCUCAGCAAGUUCUUUUUUCUGACUUGCAACCUAUGCCAGUGCUAUUUCUGGCCACAGAUUUUGGCUCUCCCUUUUGGCUUUGGCUACUAUUGAAGAGCCACCAUGAGCUCUCAGUCAUUGGCUGAAAGGUCACCGUUGAUGGGAUUCUCCCCUCAAUCUAUAGGUGAGCUGGGAACAGAAGAGAGGCAGGAGCUCCCAAUCAGCACCUUGUUCACGUAUCUCAGUGAAAUCCUCCUCGACUUGGAACCUUCCGGAUGUGUUGGAACUCGGUGCCUCUAUUUCCCAGCCAUCGUGGCCAACACACCUGUAAGGCAGAGGCUGGGAAAGGCAGCUUUAAAUGCUUCCAAGGAAGAGAGGAUUUAUCCAUGGAUUUUUCUUUUCUUUUCUUGAAAAGGUAAAAUUGAAAAUGUAAUGUUUUUGUGCAUGCUUUCCUCAUCGUUCAGAGCACUUUACUCAUUCUGGAAGGUAGGUCGAUAUUAUUCUGAAUCUGUACCUAGAAUCCAGACUGAAACACAGUAUCUUACCAAAGACUGAACUGAUCUGUGAUUGGGAUCAAGGCGCCUUUUUGCUCCUAAUUUAACCGUUGUGCUCUGGGCUGGCCGUAAGAAUCUCCUGGAAUCACCGAAGAAGCGCCUUUAGUGGAUAAUCUGAUUGGCACUGGGCAGCUGGGAGUCUUAUCUUAAAUUCCACCCAAUUUUCCCCAUUUCAACUUCGAGGUAUUCUGGGAAAUUCAAAGGGCAGUUUCAAAUUAAGGGAAACACUUCAUUUUGAAAGCAGUAGAAAGAUUUGGAAUGGCAAAGAUACUGCAUUUUGUAAUUUUUAGCUUCUUUGGCGAUAGUAGCUUAUCACAAAAUCAUAUAAUCAUAAACACAGAAUUACCUUUUAUGGUAUUGAGUCCAAUCUACUUUCUGUACUUCCUGUAGUGCAGGAAUUCAUGUUAAAGCGUGCCUGUUUUAACCUCUAUUCGAACAUAUCCAGUGGGAAGGAUUCCGUCACCACACUGGAGAAUUGAUCCCAUGGCAGAACAUUCUAUUGGACUCUGUAACUUAGAUUCAUUAUUGCAUAAUGAAUUAUUCCUAUUCUCUGGAUUAAUAAGACUUCUUCUGCGUGACGACCUUUCAGGUAUUCAAGGAAUGGUGUGAUAACCCUUGUCCUCCACAUUUUCUCACAAUUAAAUAUUAAUA